AUGAAAGAAGAACUGGUUCGCUUGUUAAACAAACAGAUCGGGGUGGCACUUACGUGUGACCACUGGACAAGCUGUGCUGUCGAGGGAUACCUCACUGUUACUGCUCAUUUUGUUGAUGACGAAUUUUACUAUCACAAUUGCGUACUAGCAACACGUCAAACAACAGAACGACACACAGGGAUGAACAUAGCUCAAGAUCUAAAAGCUGUUAUCAGUGAGUUUGGUAUUGAGAAAGAGGGAGUAACUGCUGUGGUCUCUGACAAUGCGUCUAACAUGGUUGCAUGUAUGGAGCAAAUGGAUGGAAUUAUGCACAUACGGUGUUUUGGACACACCCUCCAGCUGUCAAUUAGAGGCGCAUUCGAUAACAUACCAUCAAUUUCAGGUACAAUCGUCGCUGGUAGAAAGCUUGUAUCAUACUUUCGCCGAUCAGUUGUCGCUAACAACGAAUUGAAAGUCCGCCAAAAACAAAUGCACUUACCAGAACAUUCACUGAUAUUAGACUGUCCAACGCGUUGGAACUCGACAGUUGACAUGUUUGAACGACUGAUUGAACAACGUCUAUCUGUCUAUGCUGUCGUACACAACAUGAAAAGUCCAGGUGAUGCCCAAAUACUCGAUCUAACCGACAGUCACUGGACCAUCAUAGAGGGGAUGAUACCUGUACUGAAGCCACUCUAUAUGGCCACACGGAUCAUGUGCUCAGAAGAGUAUCCGACCAUUAGUGGACUCUAUCCUAUCCUCUAUAGCUUGAAAAACCACCAUCUUCUGGUAAAAGACACUGACUGUGUCAGUGUGGCGACUUUCAAAGAAAAGUUACUCGCAGACAUUGACAGACGUUACAGUCUCAACGACGACAAGAUACUGAGCAGCCUUACUAUGCUUGCUACUUUCCUUGACCCAAGAUACAAAAAUCUGCCAUUUCUAUCUGAUGAGCAAAGAGAAACUGUGAAAGCUAAUGUUCUGUCCGGUGUGAAUGCACUGCAAAUUCCCAAUGAUUAUCAAAACAGCCCCUCCCAAAUAGAUGCAUCCACGAGCGCUUCGCCUACGGUUUCUGCAGAUGCUGAUGGAAUUGAGCCCUGUUUGAAACAUGCUAAAAUGUCGCAACAUGAAGUGUCAUUCCUGCUCGGGCCUUAUUUUAAAACAGAAGAGUGUGAGAUCAUUGUUCCAACGUCAAGUAGUGAGGAGUUGGCUCUUUACAUGACCGUGAAGCCAAUCAGCACAAACAAGAAUCCGUUUGAUUGGUGGAGACUGAAUAAAACGGUGUAUCCAACACUAGCUGUACUUGCGAGACGUGUUCUGUCUGUGCCCGCCACGUCCGUCCUCUCAGAACGUGUUUUCUCAGUUGCAGGCGGAACUGUUACAAAACUGCGUGCUUCUCUCGAUUCAGAUUCGGUCGACAAGCUUAUAUUUCUGAAUAAGAGAAUCCGCGAUAAAAAUGUCCAACAAGAAAAAGCUGUUCAAGAGUCUGCCGCCACCACCCUUGUGAAACAGGAGCCAGACCGUUUCGUUUAA